AUGUCUGUGGAAAGUUUAUUUCUUUCCAUCCUGCUAAUGGAAUUAGCUACACCAUGUUUUUUUCUUUCAUUUUUUUUUUCUUCAUUGUCAUCUUUCCUUCUUUUUAUUGUUUGUCUUCAAAUCCCAAGAUUUUUCAUUCCUCCUGCUUCUCCUACUGCUGAGGAGGCAUAUUGCCUCGUUCCUUCUGCUCCUCCUUUUCUUGGGGAGGCAUUUAAAUCCCCAUGUCUUGCUCUUCCUUCUCUUGAGAAGGUCUUGUCUCCUUUCCCUCCUGCUCCUCCUCUACUUGGCGAAGUGUCUUUCUCCAUCUCUUCUACUCCUCCCUCUUUUGGGGAGGCAUAUUUUCCUGCCCCCUUCCACUCCUCCUCCUCUAGAGGAGGCAUAUUUCCUUGUUCCCUUACACUCUAUCUGCUCUUGGGGAGGAGUCUUUCCUUGUCCUCUUCUGCUCCUCCUUCUCUUCAGAAGGUGUCUUUCUUCAUCGUUUCCACUCCUCCUCUUGGGGAGGUGUCUUUCCUCGCCUCAUCCUCUCCUCCUUUUGGGGAGGCGUCUUUCCUUGCCUCAUCCUCUCCUCCUUUUGGGGAGGCGUCUUUCCUCGUCUCAUCCUCUCCUCCUUUUGGGGAGGCGUCUUUCCUCGUCUCAUCCUCUCCUCCACCUUGGGGAGGCGUCUUUCCUCCGCUCCUCUUCCACCUUGGGGAGGCGUCUUUCCUCCGCUCCUCUUCCACCUUGGGGAGGCGUCUUUCCUCCUCCUCCUCUUCCACCUUUUUGGAGGCGUCUUUCCUCCGCUCCUCUUCCACCUUUGGGGAGGCGUCUUUCCUCCGCUCCUCCUCCACCUUGGGGAGGCGUCUUUCCUCCGCUCCUCUUCCACCUUGGGGAGGCGUCUUUCCUCCGCUCCUUCUCCACCUUGGGGAGGCGUCUUUCCUCCGCUCCUCCUCCACCUUGAGGAGGCGUCUUUCCUAG